CGCUUGAAGCAUGGGUUCUAAAUUUUAGAACGACGCAAUUAAGCGUCGCCAGAUUAUAAUCUAAAUAAUCUAAGCGACGCUUUCGUUAGUUCAGUGUUAGUUACCAGGACCGGCGGGAAAGUAAAUAACAACAUGGCGGCUCGUCGAAGUGCUAUGUUAUCCACAUCACAGCGUCCAAAGCGCUUUAAAGCGGCGAAAAUCAGUGUUUUGAGUGUUUCAACGUCGGGAAAAAAAUCAAGAAAAAGCUUUUCUUUAAAAGUUCGGAAAAAUACAAUUAGUGACAGAAGUGUUGAUAGACAAUAUGGCCAAGGAGAGUUAGAUUCAGCGGUGGAUAAUAUAAAUCAAGGCACAUUUGAACAGGAAAUAUUUGACGAGUCAGAUCAGGAGGGCCCUGUAACGUCUCAACACAAUAAACGGAGAUUUAAAGAGUUCAGUAGCUGGGGAAAUAUUCGGGAAGAACUGUUAAACGGCCGAAUUGAGACAGAGGCCGAGGGGUUCUUUAAUAGCAGCCAGAAAUGUUGUGAAUGUGGGCAAAAUCAGGUUGAUGUUCGUUGUAACGAAUGUGGCAUUGAGCAGUAUUUCUGCCUAUUAUGUGCUGAAAAUAUUCACGGGCGACGAAAUUAUUUCCAUGUUUUGGAAAAGCUUCAGGAUGAAAACAUUGUGCCAUUUUUGUCAAUCAUGUUGUCAUUGGAAGAGAGCAUCAACAAAACUGUCCAUCAGCCCAACCUAGAAAUGUUGUUUGCAUUGAUCAGUUUGGUCGCCAACAUCAUAAACAGAUACUGUUUUGUGAUUGUGAGAAGGAUGCUGUAA